AUGACGCAAUCGACCGGCGUACAGCCAGAGUCGGAGAUCAAGAUCGAAGAUAUCUUCGAACCUCACGUGUUAGAAAAGUACGAUUCCGAUGUUGUAAAUUACGUGCUGGAAAGUAGGAAGGCCGGAAUACCAGCACAACAUGAAUGGCGAAUCGAGAAUAUUCGUGCCAAUCCUGCUAGAUUUGCACCACCGUGGUCUAAGGAUGUUACUGGAUUCGAGAGAGUUUCCGAUAGAGAGAUUAUAUCUCAAGACGGUACCAAGAUCCCAAUCAAGAUCUACCACCCCGACCCUGCACGGUUCGGCGAUGGGCCAUAUGGGUUACACCUGAAUUUCCACGGUGGUGGCUUCGUGCUAGGUGACUUGACUACAGAGUCCCAGUUAUGUUUGAGUAUGCGCGAUGGCGCAGGCGUCGUCGUGAUUGACGUGAACUAUCGACACUGCCCUGAGGCUACUUGGGGGAAAGGUAUCGAAGAUGCCUUUUCCGCAUUGUUGUGGGCUAGAGAAUCAGCGGCCGCCCUAAACGUAAAACUGGAUUCGAUUUCGAUCGGCGGUAUCUCAGCAGGGGCGCAUAUCUCCAUCGUCCUACAACAUAUGGCGCGAGACAACGGGAUUCCGCUUAAGCUAUGCUUGGCAACUGUACCUCCUUCGGAAGAGACAAUGCUAUAUAAGAGCCCCACCGAGUCUCCUUUUCCAUCUUUCACUGAAUAUGCCAAUGGUCCGAUUCUCCCAUGGGCACGAAUCAGUUUCUUUGGAGAGCAUUGUUUUCCCGACGACAAAAGGGACGAGAUUCGUGCUACAGUACCUGAAUGGUGGAUUGCACCCAUCAAAGCGAAGAAUUGGGUCGGGCUAUGCGAAACCUUCAUUCGUACCGCUGAAUGUGAUCCCCUGCGAGACGAAGGUGAAGCAUUUGGGUUGAAGUUUGUACAGGGCGGAACUAAAGUCGCGAUCAAACGGUACCUAGGUUCACCACACACGUUCGCAUACUUCGAUUGGUUCAAGAAGAAACACGAGUAUGAUUUAGAUACCGUUUCAGCCUUGAUACAGGCCCAUGGUGAACAAUAA